GAAAACGGGUCCCUCAAUAAUGCAAUUUGUUAUUCCCUUCAUAAAAACGCUCUAUGGCUGCUGUUAAUUCCAGUUUAGGCUUCUUCUAGUUCUUGCAAACAGCCUGUCGCCAAACGGCAAGAUGUCUGGUCGUGGAAAGAAAGCUGUCUCCAAAUCGAAGACUCGUACAAGUCGCUCUGUCAGGGCAGGUCUCCAGUUUCCUGUAGGCAGAAUUCACCGUCUGCUGAAGAAGGGACAUUACGCUACCCGCAUUGGUACAGGAGCUGCAGGCUACCUCGCUGCCAUACUGGAGUAUCUCUGCGCUGAAGUCCUGGAGCUGUCGGGCAACGCGGCCCGUGACAAUAAGAAGUCGCGCAUUACUCCACGGCACAUCCAACUAGCUGUGCGGAACGAUGAGGAGCUGAACACCCUGCUGGGUGCGGUCACCAUAUCGGAGGGUGGUGUCCUUCCCAACAUCCAAGCCAUGUUACUCCCCAAGAAGUCCAAGCUACCUAAAGCCCACGGCAGCAAUGCCAAAGACGUCCAGUCUCAAGAGUUUUAAAAUAUACCUUACAAGCUUUUACCGCAAACUCGUCCCCUUCACCGUUUUCCUUAAAAUAACUCAUUUAAAGAAUGUCUAGUGUUGGCCAGCUGAUGCACUGCAAUGUCCAGACAUGGCUUAUGUUAAGCCUUAUUUAAAUAUUUCAUUCAUUGAAAUUCAAACCUCAUAAAUCAGGGCUGGGGUCAAUUCAGGAAGUGCUUUCAAUUCACUCAUUGACACUUUUGCCAAAAAAAUGCUUCUCAGUUUGAGAAGUUGUUACAGAAAUAAUGCCAGUUCACUGGAAUAUGAAUUUCAAUGUACUUCCUGAAUUGACUGAAUUAAAUUUGAAUUGACUUUAAGGAAUGAGGUAGGCCUACUGGUUUCAUGAGCUAAAACCAAUACCCUGGGAUUGUGCGGGGGUCUGACUGCUCUAACACAUGUGCAUAACUGGGUUCUAGUGAUUGAGUUUAAAAACUAGGGCAUUGCAGAACUGAAUAAAAAUGGCUUAUUUUCCAUCCAAAAGCCGGUGUAGCAGCGUUUUAAAGUAACUUCAGCGCACCCCUCAGCUAGCUUGAAAUGUGUCGGGAGCCAUCCAAUUUUGUAUCCUUUGUGUGGCUCAACCUGUUUGACCUGUUAGAGGGGUUGUGAUGCGGAGGACCACUGGUUUGAGCCCAGUGUGGGCCAGUCAGACAAUGGACAAAGCUCAGCAGCACACUGACCCCUGUUACACUGGGAUGGGGGGGGGGGAAGCAGAAUUUAGAAUUACAUGGGAGAAAUUUGCAUCAAUAUUGAGUAACUGUCCCUGGCUUGAUUUUCUCCCUGCGCAUGCUAGCCAGACCUUUUAAAUUUUAUAUUGAGCUCCUUUUCAUAUCUAAGAGUGGCUGCCAUUGACUAUUAUUAUAAACGAAAGCACUAUUGUCUGUUCACUGUU